AUGGAGUCGCCGAUGUCAGUGGCCCUUGGAGAUUGGCUCAUCUCUCGCAGGUGUCUUCUUCAUCUAUGUCUUGUCUCCUUCGUCCUCGAUCUGCUCGGUGAUUCUUCCCAUAUCAGAAUUUCGAUUGGUUCAUUGCGAGGUUUCUCCUCCUUGCCGUGGCUCUUUUGUGUAUUUUCCUUGUGGGUUUUAGUUCUUCCGUUGGGAUUUGGUGGAAUGACUGGUGUCAAUUUGUCCUCUGAUGCGGCUUCUCCGCUCAUGAACGCGCCUCCUCUUAGCGUCCUUCAACUCUUGAUACUCGUGAAUCCGGUCUCUUUGAUUACUUUGUUUGGUGAUGAGUCUUCAUUUCAAGCUUGGUUGGUUAUGGUUUUUGAAGAGGGAAGCGGUUUCGAUGCUCAGUUUAGACUAUUUGGGAUGUUAUCGCGCCUUCAAAUUCUGUUGCUUUCGUCGUUUGGAUGA